AUGAAACGAACAUCUAAAAACGAUAGCUCAACAGCUGCCAAGAAGUUAGCUAAACAAAAUGAGGCUAAAACUUCUGAAUCAUCAUCACCUCCAUCAUCGGCAGGGAGUUCAUCAAAUUACGUUGAGAAUUUCAAGCAACAGCGACUGGACUGCGCUGCUGACAUUCUUCAGUUCUCCUUCAAAAAGAAACGUGUACGAAUUCUGAGCAAAGAUCAAGAAGUUCGUGAGGAUUGUCAGGGUCCUGUGGUUUAUUGGAUGUCACGUGAUAUGCGUGUCCAGGAUAAUUGGGCAUUUUUGUAUGCUCAGCGUUUGGCCAUGAAAUUGGAGCUACCAUUGGUGGUGGUAUUUUGUUUAGUACCGAAAUUUCUAAAUGCCACAAUACGACAUUAUAAAUUUCUAUUGGGUGGCUUGGAAGAGGUUGCCCAGGAAUGUGAGGAAUUAAAAAUACCGUUUCAGUUGCUAAUGGGUCCAGCCAAGGAACGCCUGUUGGCAUUUAUGAAAGACCACGAUGGAGCUGCUGUGGUUUGUGAUUUUGCUCCUUUGCGGGUACCCAUGCAAUGGGUGGAGGAUGUAAAGGAAGGUUUGGAGAAAUCCUGCAAAUGUCCUCUUAUACAAGUUGAUGCCCACAAUGUUGUGCCCGUAUGGGUUGCUUCAGAUAAACAAGAAUAUGGAGCCCGAACCAUACGCAAUAAAAUCAAUUCUAAAUUACCUGAAUUUCUUACCGAAUUUCCACCUUUGGUGAAACAUAAGUAUAAUCUUAAGAAGGAGAAUCUCGCCAAAGUUGAUUGGAAAAAAGCUUAUGACUCGCUGGAAUGUGAUAUGUCAGUGGAUGAAGUACCGGGCGUUAAGCCGGGCUACAAAGCUGCCUGCAAACAACUGGAAGACUUCUGCACCAAGCGCAUUAAACUUUUCAGUGACAAGCGUAAUGAUCCCACCAUAAAUGCCUUAUCAGGAUUAUCGCCAUGGUUCCAUUUUGGCCAGAUAUCCGUCCAACGUUGUGUACUUGCCGUGCGCCAGCAUAAAAAUCGCUUCAAAGAAUCUGUGGAGGCUUUCUGUGAAGAGGCAAUUGUUCGCCGUGAGUUGGCCGAUAAUUUUUGUUAUUACAAUAAAAAUUAUGAUAAUCUCAAGGGUCUACAUGACUGGGCAGCUAAGACCCUUGAUGAUCAUCGUAAAGAUAAACGUUCGCCCUGCUAUUCUCUGGAAGAAUUUGAAACCGCUCAUACCCAUGAUGAUUUGUGGAAUAGUGCUCAGCUGCAGUUAGUGAAAGAGGGUAAAAUGCAUGGAUUUCUGCGUAUGUAUUGGGCAAAGAAAAUUUUGGAGUGGUCUGAGUCGCCAGAAAAGGCAUUGGAGAUAGCCAUUUUGCUGAAUGAUAAAUACAGUUUGGAUGGUAGGGAUCCAAACGGCUAUGUGGGUUGUAUGUGGUCCAUUGGUGGUAUCCAUGACCAGGGGUGGGCAGAAAGACCCAUCUUUGGAAAAAUCCGCUAUAUGAACUAUCAGGGUUGUAAGCGUAAAUUUGAUGUCAAUGCAUUUAUUGUACGUUAUGGCGGUAAAGCGUAUCACAAAAAGGAAUCGAAGUAG